UGUAUAGGUAAGCCUGGGGAGGAGAAUCCAUCAACAUAGACAAGUGCCCAAGAAGAAUCAAGGUAAGAAUUCAGGGAAAAAAGAAAUGACUGAAAAACGCUUGAUUAGGAGCAAAUGGAUAACAGUACCUUCAAACCGGUUCUGAUGAAGCCUUUGCCAGCCACCAGGUCUAUGGAAAUGCAGGACCUAGCAAGUCCUCAUACUCUUGUUGGACCUAGUGAUACUGCUGGUAGCUCCAAACUGGAUAAAUCCAAUCUCAGUAGCACAUCAGUCACUACAAAUGGAACUGGAGUGUCUCUUCUUGCAGUCAAAACAGAGCCCUUGAACAGCAGUGAAACCACAAGCACGACUGGAGAUGGAGCGCUUGACACUUUUACUGGGUCAGUAAUCACAAGCAGUGGCUACAGCCCUAGAUCAGCACAUCAGUACUCUCCCCAGCUCUAUCCUUCCAAGCCCUAUCCACACAUUCUUUCUACACCAGCAGCUCAAACUAUGUCUGCCUACGCAGGCCAGACUCAGUAUUCGGGGAUGCAGCAGCCAGCGGUCUACACAGCCUACUCACAGACAGGACAGCCCUACAGCCUGCCCACCUACGAUUUGGGUGUGAUGUUGCCAGCCAUCAAGACGGAGAGUGGACUUUCCCAAACUCAGUCCCCAUUACAAAGUGGCUGCCUCAGUUACAGCCCAGGGUUUUCAACCCCACAACCAGGCCAGACACCAUAUUCUUAUCAAAUGCCAGGUUCUAGUUUUGCACCAUCAUCUACUAUUUAUGCAAAUAAUUCAGUUUCCAAUUCAACGAAUUUCAGUGGUUCACAACAGGAUUAUCCGUCCUACACAGCCUUUGGCCAAAACCAGUAUGCACAGUAUUACUCAGCAUCAACCUAUGGAGCAUACAUGACUUCAAAUAACACAGCCGACGGCACGUCCUCAUCAACCUCCACCUAUCAGUUACAGGAAUCUCUCCCAGGACUGACUAGCCAACCAGGUACAGAUCUUCACCCAGGUUAUGUUUUUGCAGGAGAGUUUGAUACUGUGCAAAGCCCCUCCACACCUAUCAAAGAUCUUGAUGACCGAACAUGCAGGAGUUCUGGGUCUAAGUCCAGAGGCAGAGGCAGGAAAAACAACCCUUCCCCACCUCCCGACAGUGACCUGGAGCGUGUGUUUGUCUGGGAUUUGGAUGAAACCAUAAUUGUUUUUCAUUCACUGCUCACAGGGUCUUACGCACAGAAGUACGGCAAGGACCCUCCCAUGGCUGUGACCCUUGGACUCCGAAUGGAGGAAAUGAUCUUUAAUCUUGCUGAUACACAUUUGUUUUUUAAUGAUUUAGAGGAAUGUGAUCAAGUUCAUAUAGAUGAUGUUUCCUCUGAUGAUAAUGGACAAGACUUAAGUACCUACAGUUUUGCAACUGAUGGCUUCCAUGCAGCUGCAAGUAGUGCAAACCUUUGUUUGCCAACAGGUGUAAGAGGAGGAGUGGACUGGAUGAGGAAGUUGGCUUUUCGUUACAGAAGAGUGAAAGAAUUAUAUAACACCUACAAGAACAAUGUUGGAGGACUCCUUGGCCCUGCCAAGAGGGAUGCGUGGCUGCAGUUAAGGGCAGAAAUUGAAGGCCUGACAGAUUCCUGGCUAACAAAUGCACUAAAGUCUUUAUCAAUUAUUAGUACUAGGAGUAAUUGUGUAAAUGUCUUGGUAACGACGACACAGCUGAUCCCAGCACUUGCAAAGGUCCUGCUCUAUAGCUUAGGAGGUGCUUUCCCCAUUGAGAAUAUUUACAGUGCAACUAAAAUAGUGCAUUGUUUUUCAGGCAAGGAAAGCUGUUUUGAGCGUAUAGUGUCCAGAUUUGGCACUAACAUAACUUAUGUUGUGAUUGGAGAUGGCCGAGAUGAGGAACAUGCCGCUAACCAGCACAACAUGCCCUUCUGGAGGAUAUCAAGUCACUCGGACCUCUUGGCUCUACAUCAAGCACUGGAAUUAGAAUAUUUGUAACUGUGUUCUCUAGCUGGAGAUCCGUUUUGUUUUUUGUUUUGUUUUGUCUUUUUUUUUUGUUGUUGUUGUUAUUUUUUUUUUUUUUACAUUUCAAGUACACUGAAUUUUUAUGUGUGUGAUUCAAUGCCUCUGGCUCUACACAUAUAAAUUGUCUUAAAGGAUGAAAUCGUAUUUGGAAUGGAAAUUCCGGAAUGAAGAAUUCAGAUUGCUGAAUGGAAUUAAACUUUAGUGCUACAGAAAGGAAACUCUAUGGUCUUACAUCUACAACACUUUAAUGGUUUCUAAAACAAAUCUGUGGAGAUUGCUAUGCACAGAGAAAGAGUCCUAACUGGAAUUCACAGCUUUAGCAAAGACCCCUCACCCUCCCGGGCAGCAACACCUAUGCUCCGUCUGACAAGGUGGUCACCAACAUUCCUCAAAAUGGGAUCUCUUCUCAGCCCUGAGGUUUGAAUCUGACUUUAGCCUACUUAGCCCAGAAAAUCUGAAUUGGAAUGCACUCAAGACUGUAUAAGGACAGUCCUAUCUAGACCUGUAAUUUGUGUAAAUUACUGAUGAAAAUAAUUUACUGUGACUUUAUUAGCCGCUGACUUUGAAAGUGGAUGCAAUUUUUCUUUCAUUUGUUGGGGAGGAUCGAGGGAGGGAAACGGGAAUAUAAUAUUGUCUUUUUUUUUUUUUUUUAAGUUUGGCAAACAGAAUGUUCAUACUGAUGUGUCGUGCCUUAAAGACAAGACAGCGUUUGUGUGUUACAAUGUAACUUUGGUUAAAAAUCUCUGUAGAUAAUGAAAACCAAAAAACAAAAACCAAAAAAGAAAAAAAAAACAACAAAAAAAACACUUUGUGAUAAUUCUUCACAUGACCAAAUUUAAAAUUCAAGCUAUCAAUGUUUUAACACUACAUCAACAAGAAACCAAGUAUAUGUGGCAAUAAGAAACCAACAAGAAUAAUAAGAGAAAGCUUGUGUUUUAUUUGGGUUCUUAAUAAUUCCAGUGAUUGUAUGAGGCAACUAUUUGUACACCCAAUCAUUAGCAGGUUUGAGAAAGACUGUGGGACAUUUACUUAGAAAGAAAUAUGUUUGUUGAAUUCUCAGUACCCUUUCUACAGUUCUACCCAAGAAAACUAAGAGCCAUAUUCGUGACAAUUUGCACAGUUUUGAAUUUGAGACUUUUUGAUGUGUGUAAGUUGCUUACAAGGAAUAUAUUGUCAUGCAUAUCUUUAGGAAUUAUCUCCUUACCCUUUUUAGUAUAUGCCAAGGACAUAGGUUAAAAUUUAAGUUGAGUGAACAUGGCUUAAAAUAUAACUAAGGAUGUUAAUUCUCAAUGCCAUUGCAAAAAUGAAAUGUCAUCAGUAAGGGAAGGCAGGUGACCCAGAUGGCUCAAGGAAAGAAGUGAGUCUGUGAAUAUUUUAUCUAGAAUAUCAUCAUAAAUUAGAUUAGCAAGUGAGCCAGACCUUGACAGCAUUAGCAAAUUACAACAGGAAAAUGCACUGGUAUUUCACUGAACCCAUCAACUGAGUCUCUCUCCAUUGCAGACUUGCGCAUGUUGGUUUUCGCCUGUACUGUUACUGAACAAUGGGUUGCAUUUAUUGCAGGGAGAACCUGUCAUCUUUGUGUUUGCAUGGUUUUGGGUGUUUUUUCUUUUUCUUCUUCUUCUUCUUCUUGGUGUGUAGCACGUGUUGGGAACACGAUACAGGUUCUCCUAUCAUUUUCUGUGACAUGGUUUCCCUUGUGGAAAUUUAAGACUUGGAGGUCUCAAGUAUUCUAUUGGUGUCUGCACCUGCAGUGUAAUAUGGUUGUGGAAUCCAGCUGUUCAUCAGUGCUCCUAACCAGAGGCUGGUUCAUGACAGUUCAUCAACUGAGGCUUCUGUAGAUCAAGUUAAGGUCAACGCUUUGCUCACAGAUCACAACAUUCAUUAUGGAAGUAGUUUAUAUCUCCAGGUAGUCAGCCUGCAUUUCUUUAGUGAAUGUGAAGGCCACAUUUACGAUGGGCAGAAAUAUCAUCAGAUCCUAAUUGUGCAUAAGAUUGUGAUUUCAUAAAACUUAUUCUUAAAUUUUGUGGGUUUUGGCUACUUCUGCCCCCAAGUACCAUGGCAGGAAAAAUAUGGUUGAAAGACUUUUAAUAAUAAAUAAAGAUAAAUCUUCUGCUUUGGCUUGAAAAUAGCAGUUUAAAAAUGGAAGAGUUGUGUCUAUUCUCAGUGUUUAUUUUGUGCACUAAAACCUUAAAUAUUCAUUACUGUGGAUAAAACAAAAUUAUUUUUGCUGUAUAGCCCAUUUCUUUAAAUAAUACAACUGUGGCAUUAUAUCAAAAAUUUAAUUCUGCUCCAUAACAAACAAGCAAGGCUUCUUAUACUGCUAAACCUGCAGGUGCAGAAAGAAACCUCUGGAAGGGGCAUGGCCUCUGAAGUGCUAUUUCUCACACACAUCUUUUUUUCCAAUUAUGAAUUCAGAAAAGGCUGCCACCAUGACACCUAAAUGCAGGAUUAACGGAGAACAGUUUUUCCAGCACAACAGUGGUGCAGGUCAACAAGCCAUCCUCAAGGGCAGCCUGUGAUUUGGGGCAUGCUCAAACUAGAACUCUCCUGCCCCAUCUUAGGGAGAGAAAAUCUGCUUUCUUUCUGGACAGGAAAAAAAAAAAAAAAAGAAAAAAACAUAAAAUAAAUCAACAAACAAACAAACAAAUUAGCCAUUUGGUAGUCCCCAUGUUCUAUUUCCAUGUAGAAUGGUGUGCCUUAUUGUACGUCAGUUUGGGUUUUUGUCUACUCCAUAUACAAACUUUGAUAUCUUACUAGGAAAGAUAACUACCUUGUGUUGAAUGAUAAAACUAUCAAGACCAUGUAAUUUCAAUAACAAUAUAGGUAGCCUGGCUGUAAUAUUGUGAUUAAGACUCUCUACUCCCUAAAAAAAAUUAUAGAUCAAAUUCAGAGGCAAAAAUAACAUCUUAGAAUCAUACAGUUUAUGCACAAAAUAUAGAUAACUGUCUCUAAUUUUUUUUUCCUUCAUCUCCGGUGAGCUGAGAUUAAAAAUAGUGUCAGUCGCAUGUUCCACUAUGAAGUUGUCUUCGUACAACACAUUUAUGACGAGCCUAUAUUCUCAGUGAAUAUGGCAUUUAGUAUUUCUUUUCAAACCAAACUUAAGCAUCAUGAGCCAAAGUUGCAUUUUGACUCCCCACUAUGGUAGCAUUAUGGAAAUCUCACAGUUGAAGUCAAGAGUUUCUGUUAUGUAUUAGUAAAGUAUAGAUUAUUGGGGCCUACAUAAUUUAAAGAAAUGUAAAUUAAUAUUAAAAGCUUGUAAAAAUAUGUACAUCUUUACUAUUUCUCAAUAAAUACCCUUUGCAACUGUU